AUGGUCAUUUUAUAUCGAAUUCUUGACUUAUGUGGUGUCAAUGCUUAUGUUAUAUUCAGUCAGCAUUCGGCCAAAAAUAUACAAAUAGGUGAUUUUCUAAAAAAAUUUGCUCGAUCUUUAGUCAUUCCACAUAUACAAAGACGUGCAAUAAAGUCAAAUAGAGCAAACUAUUUAAAAAUGACACUGAAGCGAGUUUUAGGGUGUUUCAAGCCCUUGUGCAAGGACUACCAAUAA